AAUAAAAAUUAAUCAAAAGUACCGUCAAAUAAUUAUUUAUGAUGUAUCAAAAUGGCUUGUUCUUCGCACCUGUUGUGAUGGGUUAGCGAAAAUAUUGCUGCAUAUUAUAAAUAUUUGUCGGUAUUUGUAUCAUAAAUUUUAAAGCACCAGCAUAAGUACAGGAUAAAAUCUUUUUUCAGUGCUCUGUACAGUUUUUCUUUUUUUUUUUACUAUGGCUUAAAUCAUCUCUGUCCUGCAAUGGUAUCCAGCUUCAUAAGAGGAGCCUAACUGCUUGAAGUAUAGACCGUUUUCAUGGUUGUAUACCGUAAAGAGCCAAAUAAUUUGGAUCCACUAACCGGAACUACGGCCGCUCAGUCUGUGGAAGAAACAACUAACGAUGCAGGGAAGAGUGCCAAUGCGGUUAAUUAUAUGGUACCUCGAGCCAUCCUGACAUCACGACCUAACUCUCAUCCAUUUCAAGAGAGACAUUUAUUGCUCGAUCAGCCUAUUAAAGUGGGACGGUCUGUAGCCAGGUGUAGGCCAGCCCUCUGCAAUGCAAUCUUUGAUUGUAAAGUUUUGUCCCGAAAUCAUGCAUUGCUGUGGUAUGAGGAUGGAAAGUUCUACCUUCAAGAUACAAAGAGCAGUAAUGGAACUUUUGUCAACAAUCAGAGACUCAGCAAGAGUUCUGAAGAAUCACCACCUAGAGAAGUGUGUUCAGGUGACAUAGUGCAGUUUGGUGUAGAUGUAGUAGAAAAUUCUCGUAAAGUUGUCCAUGGCUGCAUUGUUGCAACUCUCAAAUUAUAUUUGCCUGAUGGAAAGGAAGCAAAGGCCAGUCCUACCACAGCUGUAGUACCAUUAUCACCAGAAACAUCUAUUUCUUCACAAGAAUUAUAUCAACUUUCACAGUACCUCCAGGAAGCUCUUCAUCGAGAACAGAUACUAGAAAAUAAAUUGGGCACAUUGCAGAAAGUAGUUGCUAAUACCCAGGAUGAAUCUGACAUUGGUUGGAAAGCUCUCAUUGAAGAAGACAGGCUUUUAAGUAGAAUAGAAACAUUAGAAAGUCAAUUACAAACAUGUGGAAAAAAUGUAACAGAAGAAAAACUCAAAGAUGAUGUGCUUAAAUUACAAGAAGAUAAAGACAAAUAUCAAAUAGCUGCAAAAGAAUCUUUGAGGAAAAUAUUGCAAGAAAAGUUAGAAGCCAUUCGAAAAGUCCAAGAACUGGAAAACUCUCUCAGCAACACAGAAAAUGAAAGCUCUCACUUAUUGGAAGCCAAUCAAAAAAAGGAACAAGAAAUUCUACUUCUACUAGAAAAGGCAACAGAACAUGAAAAAGAAAUUUCAAAUUUGACUAAAAAAUUACAGGAAGUCGAAGAAAAAUAUCAAGAUUUACAAAGUCAGAAUGCAGAAGAGAAGUUGACCCUUGAAAGCAAUGCUGAAGAAAUGCGAAAAGAGGAGCAAAUACUUUCUACUAAGAUUGAAGCUUUGAAAGCUGAAAAUGAUUUUGCUAAGGAACAGUUGAGUGCUAUGAAAGCUCAUUUUGACAUACUUAAAAAGGACCAAAAUGUUGAUGAAACCAUAGAAAAAAAUGGCAACUUGUCUGCACAUGAUGGGUUGAAUUCCACCUCAACUGAUCAACCAGAUAAAAAUAUAAUUCAGGUUUUAAGUUCUGAAGUAAACAGAUUAGAGCUUGAAUUACAGAGGGUUCAAAAAGAGAAUCUGAAAAAUGAAUCGCUCUCUUAUUCCGAAACUGAUGAUUUCACUUCCAAUGGGGAUGUCAAGCCAGCUGAUUACCUCAACAAAUUGCAAGUAGAUGUUCAAAAUUUAAAAAAACUCCUGGCAGAAAGUAGAGAUAAUAAAAAAUUAGUAGAUGCUGAAUUAUCACUAGCCAAAACUCAAUUAGAAGAAAGUCAGAAAAAUAUCAAGUCAAUAACAACUGAACUUAAUUUUAUUUUAGACCAGUUAGUGAAAGCAAAAGAGGAAUUGGAAUAUAAAACUAAUCAAAUAAAGCACUUACAAGAAGUAUUAGAAUCUAUAAAUACAGAAAAUUUUCCUGAGAAACAAAAAGAAAUGAUACAACAAGCAAUAGAAGAACUUAAUAAAACCUUUAGUCAAAAAUUUAAAGACUUAAAAGAAUCUAACUCCUUGAGCAAAAGAGAUCCAGAUUAUAUUUCUUUAUCCGACUAUGAAGGUCUCAAAAAAGACUGUGCCAUGUACAAAGAUAGGAUAAAAUCUCUUGAAUCUGACUUGAUGAGACACAUAGUUGAAAGCACUAAACUUGAAGUUCAAAAUCGAGCUCUCGGAGAGCUGCACGAGAACCUGAAGUCUCCUCUGGUAAAGCAAGACUCAGACGAUCUCACUUUCUCUACAGAAUCUGAACUGGAUGAGACUGCAAGGAAGUUGUUAAAUGCUCAAGAAGAGAUAAUCCUGGUUAAGGAGCGGUAUGAGGAAUGCAACAAGGAGAAAUCCUAUCUACAGGGAGAGCUCAAUGCACUGAAAGAACAAAUUCAGAUCCUUCAAGUGCAAGCAAAAACGGUUUCUGUGUGUUCCUUCAUCCCGCUGGUUGUCCUGGCUGUCGCCAUGAUGUUGGCAUUUUACCCAACACUGGCUCAUCUCACUGCCACAUCCGACCAAACGUAACUCAGACACAGAUGCCUUAGCUGUACAGAGCAGAGAGAAAGAUUUCCGUUUGCUUCUUAUUUGUAAUUAGUGUAUUUUAUCUGUGUCUUUUUGUACAGUUGAGUAAGAGUUUUAUUUGAUCCAUUUAUGUUCCCCAUUAUAAUUUAAUACACAUUAAAUUAUGUUCUGUA